CUCGAGCUCCCACCCUCUUUCCUCUAUUUGAAUUUGAAAAAUGAAAACCCAUCGUCGCAGAAUGAAAAGGGCGGGUCGAGUGAGAGUCGGAAAGAAAGUUGGGGAGAGAGUUAGAGAUAGCGAGAGAAAGGCCCGCCUUUCCCACUUAUAUAGGAACCCUAAUUGAAGUGAAAACCGCAAUCUUUUAAAAUCUUCUCAUGCCUUAAACGCUAUUUCACUCCUGUCAAGAUCUCUUUUUUCCUCUUCCUCCUCCUUCCCGCUCAUUCGCUCUGAAGCCCGUUCUGGCGGAAUCGGAUUAUGGAUGGGCAGGAGGCAACGCAGGCAGUCGAUCCUCCCUCCUCCAUUUGUAGCCCUAGAUUUCCAUUUCAGGAAAGGAGAACGAGGAGUAGAGAGGUGGAUCUGGAAGAGACAAAUGAGCCUGUUAAGAGAGUAAAGCUGUGCGAUUUGGAGACGGUGAUGCGAUCGGAGGAAGGAAUCGGGUCUUCCUCACCUAACCCAAUAGAAAAGGGAACUGGAGAACUUGAAAAUUUUAGUGAAGAAGAGGACAGCUCCCAGAUCACUAAGGCAACAGAUUUGAAGCUUUCUAACCAUCCAUUAGACAUGCCAAUGCACAAUAGUUCUCUUGAAACUGAUGCUGCAGUUCUCAGUUUGGGUCAUGCCAUCAAUUUGCAAUCAUCCAUGGUUACUAUUAGUGAGCUUGAAUCAGAAAACAUGAAAGAUUCCUCUAAAGUUUCCAUGCCUACAAAAGGUGAAAUGAAGAGUGUUUCUCAGGCAACUGAUAUACCGAAACUUGGGGUGGAUCUUAACAAUCCCUUUUAUCCUUAUAAGAAACUAGGGCAGGUGAGAGCUACAGAUGCUUCAGAAUGUGGUAGCUCCACUGGUCCAAUGGAAAAUAAUGAAUCAAUGAGAAUAUGGAAUGAGAUGAAGCAGAAUGGCUUUGUCUCCUUGAAAGAAAUUGCUGCCAUCCCGAAGCCAAGGGGCCGUCAGCCUAGAAGGAGAAAAAGUGAAGAUACCAAGAAAAAGACUGACACCGUGAAGGGAGAAGUGACCAAUAAGUGCAUCAAUGUUGGUGCCCCAAGUGGUUUGCUUUCUGGGCUUAACCCUGGUAUCAUCAAGCAUGUAAGGAAUAGCAAGCAGGUGAACUCAAUUAUUGAAGCGAUGCUGCAAAGUGAGAAGCUUGAGAAUCAAGAGCUACAACAACAUAGGCCCCUUGAACAAUCUAGGAGUGGGAGUAGGGGAGUCAAUGUGGGUUCAAAUGAACAUAGUUAUUCCUCAGUAGCUGAUCAACUUGAUCUAUCACUAAAUAAAACAUUUAAUCCUGCUUGUUUUGGGUCUAGAGUGCAAAGCAGUGAGUCAGAUUUGCCUGAUGACAAAUUCAACAGUGAUAGCAUCAAUGCAUCAGAAUUCGAUGAUGCUUCUCUCACACUGAAACUAUCAUCAGGUGUAAUAUCAACAGAGCAUGCUAGCAGUACAGAAAUCAUUGAUUUCUCAAUAAACCAAGAAAACACCUCUCUAUCAUUUAAAGCGGCUAGUGUUGCUUCUCAAUGGCUAGGGUUGAUUCAGCAAGAUAUUAAAGGUCGGUUGGCUGCACUUCGACGCAGCAAAAAGAGAGUUAAAAAUGCAAUCCAGAUAGAGUUACCUUGCUUGCUAACUAGAGAUCUAGCACCUAAACAAGAGAAUGAGUCUAUGCCGUUACAUUCCUCUUUGCUUGAGUGCCCCAGAAAGGAAACUUUAGACAUGCAUAUGGCUCGAUGGAAAAAUCUGUUUGGUCAGAUGGAGAAAUCACUUUUGGAGGAGGGAAAACAUCUGGAGAAGUGGCUUAGGCAGGUUGAAGAACUUCAAUCCCAAUGUGACAAAGGUCUAAAGUAUGUUAGUGCCAAUGGGCUUUCGAAUUUGGAUUCAAUAGAGGAUGUGAGUGUGUGGAAGAACAAGGAGUCUUGGGAAGGGGAGUGUGCAGUCAGAGCAGCUGCAGCUUCCAUCUACUCUACAAGCAACCUGAUAAUGACUGCAAGAUAAUACACCUUCCAUCUUUCAUUUUUUUCUUCAAUUUCCUUAACUGAGGAUCCUCCUCUAGCUGGUGAUCCUCUUGUCCAGUUUCUUAUUACUUUUUUUUAUUGAGCACCUGUAUUAUUAUGCCCUUUUUCCUAACCAAGUUGGUCUUUGAGCUGUAUCCGGAUUAUCUCUGAAUGUCUGCUUGUAUCCCAUAACUUAAAAGCUAAGUUAAGCAUUUCGAUUUCCUUCUUAUUUCA